AUGGCCUUCUUAUUCGUAGCAAAAUCAAUCCUAAACGGCAUGGACAUUUUUUUCUCUCUUCCAGAGGAGCUUCGAGUCUUGGUUUUGAAUUUCCUUGAAGUCCAGGACCUCGAUCGUCUUUUUUUGCUCCGCUCGUUAGUUAAUGGGAAACCAGAUCAGUACAUAAUCGUUAGACACCAGGCGUUGGCGGCCCGGUAUGCCCAGCAGCAUUUGGUAAUGAGCAAUUUGGCACAGUUCGAGCUGUUUUCCCUAGCAGAACUAGAUUACUUGAUCCAGCACAAAAUCCGCAUAUCCUCCCGCUCUGUUACAUUUGUCAUCCACGCCACAGACCAUUCGAUGUCGGAAAAAUACAUGAAUGAAUUAUGGAAGGGCUAUCUUGAUGAGUUGAAAGGAAUAUCAGACAAUUUCAAUGUGCGGCUCUUAUUAGCGGAGAAGAUGCCUCUUGCUACUUCAGCUCUAGAAAGGUUGUUUCUGCCCUUGUGCCAAUGUCUGUUGCGAGUUAAUUGGUUCACCAUCAAGUAUAGUAUGGGGACAGAAAUUCACCCAUCUCAAGAGCAAAACAUAAUACAUCAGGCAAGGACUACGAAUCACUCACAUACAUCAUUAGCCAUGGAUAACUUGAAACUUCAUUUGUUUGACUCGGGGAACUUGCUUGGACACAUUUUCGACCCCAACGGGUGCUUCCACUGCUCGAGUCUCAGAACUCUAGACCUCUCAUUCAACAACAUCACGGACGACAAUCUUCGCCAGAUCCAGUUUCCUGCCAGCCUAGAAGAGCUCAACCUUCUGAACAAUAUGAUUUGUGUGUUGAGCAGUUCUACGUUUCGCUUUUCCCGCUUGAAAAGACUUAAAAGCAUCAACUUAUCCAACAAUGAUAUCAUGCGCAUCGAGCUUCGAGAAUCGUCAGACGUUGGGCCUUUCCACUUACGCAAACUCGACUUAUCGGGGAAUCUUUUAGCCCAAUAUGACCAGCUAUUUCGAGGAAAGUUUUUCUGUAACGUUGAAGAUCUAAACCUCGCACACAAUCUUCUAGAAGAAUUGACCCCAUUUGUCUCUCCCAUCAAGAAAUUGAACUUGUGCGGCAAUUAUUUCCGCUUUCCGUCAGACGUCUUGGCUGAUAUCAUUCCGAAAAGUCUUGAGCUGUUACAAAUCUCCCUACCAUUUGUAUCAGGGGCCACGUCGCAUGACACAGCCCGGAUGUUUUUAGAAUCGGCACAAUUGCCCCACUUGAAGGAGUUGAACUUUUGCAUCUGCGAGAACUCCCGGUAA